UCGCGCACAAAACUGGACGCGCGCUUUCAAUUAUACGCUGCUCUCUUAUGAAUGUUCUCUCCUCUCGCUCAGUGAGCGUGUGCGCACUCAAAAUGCGUGCCGUGCGUCCACGAAUCCUUUGGUACUCUUGCUCUCGAGACGUCCUCCUGGCGUGUGCCAGGCAUUAUAGGCUGUCAAAAGUAGUCAACCAAUCAGGGAUAGGCUUCACGGCGGGCCAAUGAAAACGCGACCUCUUACAUGCCAUCUUAUUGGUUGAAAGUGACUCGGGGUAUUCAACGACGCAAGAUGGAUCCACCACGUUCUCAGGUCCUGCUUAGACGACUAGUUUUGGAGAGGUUGUUAAAUAAACUGCAGUAUGUUGUUAGCCAUUCUGCCUCAGGCCUUGACCUGGAUUAUCUCCAUUUCAUCUGCACACAUGAAGUAAUACUUAUUGAUGCACUAGAAGAACAAAAUGUUGUCCCUGAUUGUAUUGUAAAUGCUCUUCGAGAGCUCUGUACAAUGGUGAGAGGACAGGUUGAGAAUGAAACACUUCAAAUUGAACUGGAGGCAGUUGCAGGAGUUAUGGGACGACCUAAAUACAUAAUAGAAAAAGAGAAGCUCAGGUCUUUACUAGACAUUCAGCUGCCCAUUCCUUGCAUAGCUAAACUCUUGGGAGUUAGUGAAAGAACAGUUUUUCGUAGGAUGAUGGAGUUUGAGUUGUCUGUGUCAGACUCAUACAGUACACUGAGUGACCAGGAGCUUGAUAUGUUAGUGUCCAACAUCAAGUCAGAAAUGCCUCAUGUGGGAUAUAGAUUGAUGAUGGGAAGGCUGAGAUCUUUAGGUCACAGGAUACAGUGGAGCAGAUUGAGGGCCUCAAUGCACAGAAUAGAUGCAGUUGGUGUUUUUUCCAGUAUGACACAGCUAGGCUGUAUAGUGAGGAGAAAAUAUUCUGUUAGGGCACCUCUCAGUCUAGUGCAUGUGGAUACGAACCACAAACUGAUAAGAUACAACCUUGUCAUUUUUAGGGGCAUUGAUGGCUUUUCCAGAAAGAUAAUGUACUUGGAUGCAUCUAACAAUAACAAGGCAUCAACUGGCUUCACCUUUUUUUUAGACUCUAUUGAGCAGAAUGGACUGCCUUCAAGGGUUAGAGCUGAUCAAGGAGUUGAAAACCUCGACAUUGCGCGGUUCAUGUUCACUGUAAGGGGAACAGAUCGAGCAAGUUUCAUCUCUGGAAAAAGUGUACACAAUCAAAGGAUUGAGAGGCUCUGGCGUGACGUGUGGACAGCAGUGACUGUCACGUAUUACGAUGUCCUGCAUAGUCUUGAAGAAGAUGGCCUACUGGACAUCUCAAGCGCACUACACAUCUUCCUUGUCCACUUUGUGUUUUUACCCCGUCUCCGCAAAGACUUGCAGACAUUUGCUGAGGGCUGGAACCAUCACCCCCUCCGCACUGAGCGCAAUAUGAGCCCCCAGCAGUUGUGGGAGGUGGGACUUCUACAGAACAGCACUCACGAGCCUGAGAAUGUAGAGGGUGAAGAGGACUUUGACAUAGACUGGGAAAGUGCCAUCUUCCAUGAGGAAUCAUUAACAGAAUGUGGAGUUGUGAUCCCUGAACUUUCCCCCUCCCUAAAUGAGCAAGAAAUGCAACACCUCCAAGCUUCUGUUGAUCCUACAGCCACAUCAUACUCACAUGGCCGAGACAUCUUUGUUCAGUGCCUUAAUAUUUUUAGUUGAGAAACUGGUAUAUGCCAAGUCUCCUUAUUUGGUUGUUCAUAUCUACCAAUGAUGGAAACACACUGUAAUAUUUUCCAGUGACACUUUAAUGAAUACAAGUAAUACUGUUUGUUUUAAUACCGUUUUCUUUAUUCUCCUUACAUUAAAUAAAAUGUUAAAUAAUAAAUUCCUGGACAAGAAAUAACAUGUCCACAUAUUAUCCAAAUUUUACAGGAACUUGAACCUUAAAUGUUAAGCAAGAAACAACCAACCACAACUUUAACAAAUUUAACUGAAACCUUACGUUGAACAGUUAGACAAGCUUGUGUUGCUAUAUUCUGAGAAAUUCCUGGCCAAGAAAAAAGGCUUCCAUCAUUACCAUUUUGAAAUCCUCAUACGUCAACAUGUGUCUAACUGGUAGGACAAUGGUAUUGCUACAUGCUGCUACAGUUGGAUAACAGAUCCUGUGCUCACAAUAUUUGACAUCACAGUUAUGGUUGAACUGCACAGUGAUUUUGAACUGAUUCUUCUCCUGAGACAGAUAGGGAAUGUGUCCCUGCCCUGUGACCCACUGAAGGAAGCUCUUCGGACUCAUGGAAGGCUGAGAAGCUGCCUCAAUACCAGAAGCACUGUCACCUGAUAAACAAAUGAA